AUGCUGACGCCUCGCCGCCUCCUGCACGGUGACCCCGUCGCCGGACAACCCCAUCGCCCACGGCGUCGCUGCUCCAUCCUCGGCUCCUCCUCGCCGGCUCCACCAACCCUCACCGCUCGUUUCCUAGAUCGGGGCGACCACGCCCCCGACCCUGUCGACGUCGCCGCCGACGCCACCGCCCCGGAUCGCCAUCGCUCGGAGCCACCUCACCGGACGCCAUCGCCGAACUGCCUCCCCGUCGUCCUCUCCAUCGCCUACUCGUCCCCGUCGUCGCUCGCGUCGUCCCCGAAGACCUCCUCGCCCCCCCGCUGCCCCGUCCCUACAAAUCCUGGUGAGGCCACGGCCUCCGCCCUCCUCCUUCCCCUGUCCCCGCGCCGUCCGUGCCUCCCUCGGUGCGCCACCGCGCACGGACGCGUGCUCGCCACCCACCUGCGUCGCUCUUUCGCGAAACUCCCCUGCUGCUGCUCUGCACAGCCCCGACACGCCGCCCCCGCUUGCCUCCUGUUGCGGCCCGUCCCCGCGGCCACCGGCCCGCUCGCCCCGUGCCCCGCCUCCACCUCUGGCCCCGCGGGCCAUCGCCGCGCCGGCGGCCAACUUCGGCGCCCAUCCUGGGCUCUCUCCUUCCCGCUGCCACCCCGUUCAGCCACCACAUCCACCGCGGUAGCCCCGCUCCGCCCGGCUCUGCCCCAGCGCCCGUUCGGGCUGCCGACGCCCGCGCCCGCUAAUGGCCAGAUGGGGCAGUUACGAUUGGGCCCCGCCCCCUGUAUCUAUGACGAAUGGGGCCCAUGCCCCUGUACUGUUUAG